UUUAGUUUUCUAGGUCGCGGGCUCGUUCUGUAGCGUUACAACAGGCAGAAUUAAAUAAGUAUCUGACUGGAACGCAGAAACAGCUCGAGAGCAAACACUCCGACGUGAGCGAGGACUAAAACUUUUCAAGAAGAGAGAGAAAAGAUGUGCUUAUAAGACAUUAAUCCGUCUUAACAGGUAAUUGACAUAAUUGUCCGUUAGCCGCUGCAGUCAUGGAUCUGAAGGACAGACGGCAGCGCUCUCUGACACAGGGUCAGUGCGGAAAGGAUCUGCACUACGCCACAUCCUCUCUGGACAGUGAGAACUGCCAUAUAAUGUCACAGAAAUCAUACAGUUCCAGCAAGACGCUGAAGGCCUACCAGCAGGAUGGACACCUGCGCUAUGGAAGAUGUGUUGCAGAGCUGGUGCACCAGGAGACAGAAGAGUAUGUCAGACAAGGGAGCUUCGCAUUGGCUGAUCUGGGCAUGUGUGAGCCUGCUCCGUCAUCCACUGUAUAUUGUUCUGAUAUAAGCCUGCUGCAGGACAGAUACAGUCUGAACGCUGGAUCCGACGCCGACUCGGACCCCGAGGGGGUCAUGACUCCGGAGCGUGCCGUCCAGCUGUGGAGCGGGCAGCCCCUGAAGUCCCACCGCAGCUCUUGCCUCUCCAGCCCUGACCACUCGGUUCUCACUCUCACCGACUCUGAAAACGAACACAAGACUGAUGAAGAAUCAGCAUACUGUGAUGACGAGGAUGAAGAUCUGUUUGGUGAUUACUGUUUCAGUAAGUUGCAUAUGGAACUCGUGCUGCGUCCUCUAGCGGACACUAUGGGGACUGCCGCCAGCAGGACCGGUGUCUCAAGCACAUGUGAAACAACUACAAUCCUGUUGGCCCACAUAGCCCGUGACGUCACAGGUGGGCACCCAUAA